ACGAUCUCGUCGAAGCCGGGAGAUCGAGAUGUUGUCAGAGGCGAUCUUGUUGCCGCGGAUAAAGCUAACGAUCGACGUCGAUCUAAUCGCGAUCCGGAACCGAUAAAUUAACGAGUGAUUUGGCAAAGUGGAAUAUUUUGAAGAGUCCGCAAGAGAGUUUUCCCGUGCUGACAAUAGGAAGAUAAUAAGUGAUAAGAUUUUGUGCACGAUUGUUUAAUUGGUGGAUGAAUUUAAUCGAGGACGACAGGGAAGAGUGAUGUUGCUUCAAACCGGAUGAAAACAGGCGAAAGAAAUCUUGGAAGUCUACCUUUUAUUUUGGGAGACUAUGCUACAUGCUACGAGAAGCGAGAUAGCAAUGUUUUGCGAUACGAAUCUACGUCCAGGGCGAAGAUGAGAAGAUAAUUUUUCGCGGUAGAUCAGAGACUGAACGUUUUUGAAAGGGACACUUCCGGAAACGUAGAGGCAUAUAUGAAGAGCUUCAAUUGCGAUUUCGUGCACGAGGAUAGAACGAUUCCCAUGGCGAACAGCGGCCACGGAGUCGCCGUUAACGGCGUAGGCGCUCCUGGUUCGGGCACCUUGUCGAGAGAGGAGAGACGCAGGCGAAGGCGGGCCACCCAAAAGUAUCGAACCGCACACGCCACACGGGAAAGGGUCAGAGUGGAGGCGUUCAACUUGGCAUUUGCGGAACUGCGAAAGCUACUGCCGACGUUGCCGCCGGACAAGAAGCUCUCGAAAAUCGAGAUACUUCGUUUGGCAAUCUGUUAUAUUGCUUACUUAAAUCACGUACUUCAAGCUUGAAUCUGCGAAGAAGAUUUAGAAAACCAUGACGAUUUUUUCAUCCUCAUGUGCUCGACCAGAAAACUUUAAGAAACAUUAACGUUUAUAGGUUUAAGUUUCUAGAAUGAUCUCUUUUUCGGGCAAGUCUUCUGGGACAAGUUAUACUUUCGAUCUCUGUGUACAGAGUCCGAACGAUUGCCGAUCGAUUAGCGCAGAUGUUUAGGCACUCGAUGACAAAGCAAUAUGCCGUUGUUCGAUACAAUCAACAAUCGUUGAAGAUGUAACCGUCGCUUUGCGAGUUGCGUUAAUCGUGUAGGGUCGCGUUGCAGUGUCGAUAUUCUCGAAUCUAUCCGAUUCUUGCGGAUUACUGAGCCACCUCGGGACAAUGGAGAGGCUUCCCAUGGGACUGCUAUCCCUUCGCGUACCUUCAAAUUUUCCUACUACCCUCGACAGCCAUCGUCCGGCCGCGCGUAUCCGAUCGUUGUCGAUUAUACGGCACACGAGCUUAAGUGAAAAAGAAUGGAAUUGCCGACGAGGAGGCCAACUUCACGGUUCGUCGCUUUGCGCCUCUCUUUUCCUGGUUCUCUGCAAAUGCGAUUAUGCGACUCGAUCGCUCGAAGAUCGUGAGACUGAUUGUCCUCGUGAGUCGAAUUGGUUCUCUUGUGAGAGAAACACAGAUGGAUUAAAACGAGACUCAUUUUCGUAAAAUUAAAAACCUGGUCUACAAAAUGGCUUUUAAA